GCGGCAGCUCGGAGCGGCCGUCAGCCAGCUAUAAAUACCGCGCACCUCUUCCGCCGCCCUCGGCUCGCGCCGCGUGCCCCGGCGGCCAGUCCGUGUCGAGUGUCGGAGCAGCCAUGGACGGCCCCACGUGCGCCGGCCCUCAGCCGUUCGGCGAGGACGCCUUCUCCACCUUCUACGACGGUGUGUGCGCCGAGGUGCGCGCGCUGGGCAUCGAGCAGUUCCGCGCCGAGUUCGACGCGCUCGACACGGACUCGGAGCGCGUGUCGGCUGUGCUGCGGCUGGAGAGCGCCGGCCGGCUGCGGCUGCCGACCGCCAGCCGCACCGGCAAGUCGGAGCAGCAGGCGCGCAGCUACCUCGAGAUGGCCAUGAACUGCACCGACUCGAGCCGCAAGCUGGUGCUGUGUAACACGGCGCUGCAGCACUGUCCGGCGCCGGCGGCCGGCGCCGCGCCGUCCGAGCUGCACCUGGCCGUCCUCCUCAACCGGCUGUGGACCGUGUACGAGCUGGGACGCUUCUCCAGCGGCCUGGCCGAGGCGCAGCGGCUGCUCGACGAGCCGGCGCUGGCCGCCGCGCCCGUGGAGACGCGCGUCCAGCUGCUGGUCGAGCGCGCCCGCUUCGAGGCGGCGCUGGCGCACCGGCCGGCCGCCGAGGCCAGCGUGCGCCAGGCGCUGCAGAUCGUGCGUCAGCUGGAGCGCCAGCAGCAGGCCAUGUACGCCCGCGAGCUGGGCACCAUCCGCAAACGGCUGACGGACGCCGAGCCGGCGCAGGCGGACAGCUCGGCGCCCGGGCCGCCGCCGGCGCCGCGCCUGUUCGCCGGCGAGCACGAGCGGCUGCGGCGCGUCUCGUCCGCCGUGGAGCUGGUGACGAGCGAGCGGCGCGGCCGGCACCUGGUGGCCACCACCGACAUUCCGCCCGGUUCAGUGGUGAUUGCCGACGAGCCGUUCGCCUGGUCGCUGCACCCGCCGCGGUGGACGACCCACUGCCAGCACUGCUGUCGGCCGGCCGACUGUCCACUGCCCUGUCCCAACUGCGCCUCGGUGCUGUUCUGCAGCCAGCCGUGCCGCUCAGAGGCGCUGCGGCUCUACCACGCCACAGAGUGUCCCGUGCUCGACCUGCUCAUCGACCCGAACCUGGGCCGCAUGGCCCUGCUCGUGUUCCGAGUGCUGGCGCGCGCCGGCCCCGAGGCCCUGGAGAGGGCAGAGGAGCUCGACUCAGAGUCCGCCUCGGACGUGUACGACUCGCUGGCGUACGAGGCCGUGCACAGCCAGGUGACCAACACGGCCGACCGGCCCAUGGGUGACGUCAUCAAACGGUGCGCCGUGGCGCUGUACCUGACCGCCUGCCUGCAGCGCGCCGGGGUCGGCAGCGCGGAGCGCCGGGUGGCCGCCGCCGCGCUGGCGCUCCGACACCUGCAGAGCUGCUCCUGUAACGCCUACGAGAUCACCGAGCUGCGGCUGGGCGGCGGCGGCGCGCGGCUCGCCGAGUUUGAGGAGCUCGGCGGCGCCGUGUACGCGGCCGUCUCGCUCACCAACCACAGCUGUUUCCCGAACGUGGUGCGCUCGAGUCGCGGCCGCGGCGUCACCGUGACCACCACGCGGCCGCUGCGCGCCGGCGACGAGCUGCUCGACAACUACGGCUUCCACUUCCACGAGGAGGAGGAGACGGCUCGGUACGCAGCGCUGCGCCGCCAGUACCAGUUCCACUGCGAGUGCGCCGCCUGCGAGCAGGGCUGGCCGCUGUACGCCGAGCUGGCCGACGGCGCGCCCCCGGGCGCCGAGCAGCGGGCCGCCGUCGAGCUGCUGGUGCUCGGUCGGUACGCGGAGGCGGCCGCGCGCCUGGCGCCCGUGGUGGCCGCCGACGGUGCCGGGGAGCCGAGCGCACCGCCCGACAAGCAGGCCGUGCAGCGGCAGAGUCUGUUCAUCAGGUGCAUACAGAGCACGGGUAACAUCAGCGCCGAGUGACCGGCAGGGACGGACAGAGCAGCUAGUCAGGAACAGCGUACCGCUGGUCCCAACUGGGCCGCAUGGCAUCAAGGUCCGAUACUGGUGACUGCAGCGAACCGACUCAUGAACACCUACGACUCGUUAUUUGUUACAAGUAAGACAAACAUUUCAUAAGUUUAUUAGGCCAAUCAUUGAGUAUUAAUAAAACUAACAACAAGCA